GGCGAAGCAUCAGCAUUAAGGAGAGCCUUUUUAGUGAUUCAAGCUUUGAUGAUUCUAGUAGCUCCUGCAAACGUCCUUGGCAACUACAGACUAACCAUAGACGUCGAUCCAAAAUGGCUUCCCCAGCAACUCCUGUCAACAUCGGUGACAUCAAGAACCUGUCUCCAAUCCAAGGUGUCUACCCAGUCGCCCCACCAACUGGUGAACCAGGUCUCUGGUCGACCAACCCGGUUUCCAAGUUCUUGUCUUCUGUUUCUCAAACGAUCAUCCAGCAUAGACACUCCCUUGAUUUGGUCAACCCUGGUAUCAUGGAAAACAUCAACAAGGAAGUUUCAAAAGAUGUUUUCUUGGGUCUUUAUCAGUUCACAGGUUUGAAAGCAGAUAUCAAUAAGACUUUCUCAAUGAACCCUGCCUUUCAGAUUGCUCACAGUUUUGCAGUCGGUAGUAAGUUACCUGCUUAUUCUUUUACUUCGAUUAUUGCCAAUGAUCAAGCUUUAGUUCAAGGUACCAUCGACAACGAAUUCUCCUUGACUGGUAGAUUAAACUACUCUUGGGAUAAGCAUAUUGUUUCCAAAGUUUCAUUACAGUUAGCUCAUGGCCAACCAGCAAUGUGCCAACUUGAGCAUGAAUACCAAGCAAAGGACUUUUCUAUCCAAUUGAAGGCUCUUAACCCUGACUUCACAGGCCCAUCAUACCGUGGUUUACUGAUUGGUUCGUUUUUACAAUCUAUCACCCCUAAACUAUCCCUUGGUAUGGAAACCGUUUACAAUGCAAUGGAUCCAAACGGUCCUUCCCAAGCCGCAAUUUCCCUUGCUGGUAGAUAUAACGCAGGUGAUUGGAUUGCUGCUGCUCAACUCCAAGCUCAAGGUGCCUUUAUUGGUUCUUUCUGGAGAAAGGUUGCACCAAACCUCGAAGCCGGUUUGGAAACUACUAUUCAAGCCAGCGCACAACCAGUUAUGUCUGAAUCAAUGAUGAUGCCAACUAUCCAAACUACAAUCGAAGCAAACACAUGUUUGGGUGCAAAAUACGAGUUCAGACAAUCCAUUUACAGAGGUCAGCUCGAAUCAAACGGUGAUGUUUCAUUCAUGCUUGAACACAGAGUUUUACCAACUAUCGGCUUAAUUUUCAACGGUAGUAUUAACCAAUUCAAAAACACCUCCAAGCUAGGUUGUGGUAUCCAAAUUGAAACUGCCGGAAAUGAAGAGAUCAUGAUGAUGCAAAACGGUAUGAUCGAUGCCAACGGUAACCCUGUUGCAGGCGCUCCAGCAAUCAACUAGAGUUAGGACGUCUGUUGCACUCUUUCACGCCUCCUAACACAACUUCUCUACUUUUUCAAAGUUUGUAUAUAGUCUGUCUUUAUCUCCUUUGUAUGACUUCAAAAUUAACUUUAUAAUAAUUUGUACUAAAUCGUCAUGUCCAUCCAACU